AUGCUCAACCGACCCUAUGUAUCACUGACCAGGUUACAAGGCUUUCGUCACACCGAUUGCCUGAUGAGCCACGAUGCUAAAGUAGCACGAGAGCGCGAGGCGCUCCGGACAGCGGGCGUCUCUGUCGUUUUGUCCGGGCACCGUCCGGCAUGCUGUAAGAACCGGUAUCGUUUCGGACGAUCACCGAAUAGCCGCCGUCGUCACACACGGCAACGCUUCCGACGGCCCAUUUCGCGCGAAAACUCUCUCCGAGAAACGCACGGCACAAGAACCGUUUCAGAAGCGUCUGAGAAACGUUUCAGCUCGCAGAAAAAAGGAAAACGGCAAGAUCACGACAUCGUCCCCCACGACGAGUCCGACGGAAAUAAGCCGUCACACGACGGAAAUAAGCCUCACACGACGGAAAUAAAGACGCAGACAUGUCACGUCUCACGUAAUGAGCCGGGAAACUCUAUUUACUGA